AUGUAUUGUAUCUUUUGUGGAGAAGAAGGAGCAACUGACGGUGUAUGCGAUGAAUGCUCAAUAGAGAAAAGUGUUGAACAACUAAUAACGCACUAUUUCCAUUAUGGAUACCCCUACGAUGCAAUUGUCGGUCUUUUAAAUAAAAAAGACAUUCAUAUGAGUGUGCGAACUCUAAAGAGGCGUUUAAGAUCUCUCGGUUUGAGAAGAAAAGGCAAUACCACGGUGAUAGAUAACGAAACAAUCAGAACAGCAAUCCAAAAAGAAAUGGAAGGAGCAGGGAAAUUAUCGGGCUAUAGAAGCAUCUGGCACGCAUUGCGGUUAAGACAUCAUAUUCAUGUACCUCGCAACUUGGUGGCAGAAAUAAUGAAGGAAAUUGAUCCUGUUGGUGUAGAAGAAAGACGAGCACGAAGGUUGAAGAGAAGAAUAUUCACUUCUAGAGGGGCAAACGCUACAUGGCACAUGGAUGGUAAGUUAUACUCAAGGUAUUGA